AAGAGCUGAUUCACUCGUUCUCUGCUUUGGUUAGAGGAAGUACUUAGCAAUCACAUUUUAGAUAGAUCGAUAUGACUGGUCGCGGAAAGGGAGGAAAGGGAUUGGGAAAAGGAGGAGCGAAGCGGCAUCGCAAAGUACUGCGUGAUAACAUCCAGGGCAUCACCAAACCCGCCAUUCGUCGUCUCGCACGUCGUGGCGGCGUCAAGCGUAUCUCCGGCUUGAUCUAUGAAGAAACGCGUGGUGUCCUAAAGGUGUUCCUCGAGAACGUGAUUCGUGACGCGGUUACUUACACCGAGCAUGCCAAAAGGAAGACCGUAACCGCCAUGGACGUCGUCUACGCGCUGAAGCGUCAAGGCAGAACCCUUUAUGGUUUCGGCGGUUAAAUAUGACUAUUCGACUACAUCACAAAUACAAUCGGCCCUUUUCAGGGCCACUAAUAUCAAACGUGGAAUUUCUUCCUGAGUACAGCAAUUACUAUGAUUUUAACUAAUUAUCUUCAAUGUAUUUUAGAUAAUUUGCUUGGAAAAUUAUUGAAAGCAUAAAUUUA